AUGGCUCCAACAUACUCCCCUGGCCAAAGCGACUUCGAGUACUACUGUAAGCAGGGGGAGAAGGGUGUUCCUGCACAACUGGAGGCUGCACCCCCCCCCCCAGAUGCUUCCAUCUAUUCAAAAGAUGACGUGGUGCUGGAAGUUGAGAACACUCUCAUCUGUCAUGUGACUGGACUCUUCCCUCCACCUGUCAAUAUCUCCUGGACUAAAAACAAUCAGAUUGUGACAGAAGGCACGAGUCUAAGCCAGUAUCGCAUAAAUAAUGACGCCUUCAACAUCUUCUCCUCUCUGAUGUUCACGCCUGCAGAGGGAGACAUUUACAGCUGCACUGUGUUCCACAAAGCUCUAGACAGCCGUUUGGAAACUAAAACAUGGGAGGUGGAUGUUGCGGUGCCCAGUGUUGGUCCAGCUGUGUUUUGUGGAGUGGGUCUGGGUCUGACUCUGGGGAUACUGGGAGUCGCAGCUGGAAUGUUCUUCCUCGUUAAAGGAAACAACUGCAACUGACUGCUCUGGUUUAAAAGUCAACACAUUCUUGUUUUGUAAUUCAGAUUCUUUGUACUUCUAAUUAACAUUAUCCUCCAAUGAAAAUUCUGUAAAUAAAACCUUUUGGUACUAAAAACAAUAUUUUUUUGUACGGUUCAUGACAAACAAUGUUCAAAUUUGGCUGGUGUUGUAGUC